AUGAAUUUCUAGCUCUUUGAUUAAUUAUAAUCAGCUGAGCCACAAAGCUCGGCGCUUUUAGCAAGGCUUUAGAUAGCGCGCAAAAGUUCGGAAAGAUGGGGAAUCUGCAGAGCGGCGACGGGAAGGGUAAGCUGAAGUCGAAGAAAAGCCCUCGGAAGGACGCGAAGGAAGAAGCCAAAAAAUGUAAGAAGAGUGGGGACCCGAAGGCCUGUGGGGGAGGGGCCGUCGACCCCGUCCUACCGGCUCCCCGCUACCUGGUCACAGAUUCAUGGAGGGUCAUAGAAAAGAUACAGUCUGGAGAAGAGAUCAAAACGCCGAGCAAGGAGAGCAGCAGCGGCGACUCGGUUUUCACAGACCCCACCGGACAUUGCAACCACGAUUCGCCGAGGGACGAAGAUGAGCACCGACUGACGAUGGACGCCGUCUACCCGGAGGACGCCGGUCUCCCUUCGAACUCGCCCACGGGAGAACAGAGCGAAACUAAGACCAUGAAAGAAGUUCAAGGGACAAAAUUUACAAUAGUGCGACAUAGAAAAGUUGACUUAACACCUAGGAUAACAGAUCAGUCACUUACUGAAAUUCUAACAGGUGGACCAACAAACGAACAAAGGAGACAUUCAUCACUCAGUGAUACACCACUUGAAAGCAAUGUGCUUCGCAAAGUAGCCAGUUUAACUCUUGAAAGGUCUACACUCGACCAGAAAGUCGCCCGCCCCAAGUUUGUACCGGAAAAACUUGAUUUUCAACUUUACGAAAAAUUUGAAGGUCAAAUGCUAGUGAAUUGGUUGCUAUCUACAUACUCGAGUGAAAAUUACCUGAAGAACAUCUUACAGGUCAAUGAGUGGAAGUUAAUAAUCAUUCAAUUCUGUACCCAUCUUGUUGCUGCUGGAGUCCUGCGCCAACUCUCUGACAAGGAUGCUCCUUUGGAAUCUUUUUUCAGGCCCGAUCUUAUGUACUAUUGGGCACAUACAGAAGCUGUCAGUGUGGCACCACCCACACCAGGACGACUAUCAACAAUAUCCUGGCCACCUACAUCAGAAGAAGUAGUUAAUGGUAAAUCUCCUUUAGAUGAUAGUGUGAGGAGUGACCCAGAAGUUGACCUGAUAACAUUAAAUCGAAAGUUGAAAGACCAAAGUGAAAUAAUAAACAACCUUCAAAUCACUAUAGACAAACUUAAUCAGGAAAUUGACAAAACGAAGACGCUAGCAGAUAUUGAAAAAUUGAACCAACAGAUGAAAGAAGAUUUUCCAACAAAACUGAACACUGAUGAUAUAAAAACAGCUAGAAGUGCUAUUGUCGUAGAGAUGGUUGAAAAAUCUGUUCAAUGCACUGUAGAGAAUCAGUCUAGAAAGACAUCCACAACUGAUCCAGAUUUAGUAACAAAAUCGACACAGACGGUGAUUUCCGAGUGUAGUCCGACAGCUACAAAACAGAGUGUUUUUGUCAAUGAAAAGCCAAUCACACAAAACACAACAAUUAUAAAAGUGACUAGCCGUAGUGAAGUAAAAAGUAGUGUACUUGAAAUUGUUCCAAUUUUAACAAGUACAAUCGAUAAUGGAGGUAAAACAAUAUCCAAAUUGAAUGAUACAUCGAAGGAGGAAGAAGCAUCGAGUAAAAAAACUGCACCAGUUACUCGAACAAAAGGCGAAACACCAAAGCUUACAGAAAGUGGUGCACAUCCCCCACCACCACCUCCACCUCCACCACCACCACCUCCAGCUGGAGCUGAAAUAUCACUUUCAGCUACAAUUACCUCACCACUACCUCAACAAAAACACCCAGUACCUGUAACAAGUCCAAUACAAUCCCCACCUGAAAAGGGUACUUCUUCACCUACCCAAUCAUCUAAAAAGGAUGCUGUUUCACCUUGUAUGGGGCCUCCACCACCUCCUCCCCUACCUGCAAUAGACACUCCUUUGCACCCUCCUCCACCUGGAAUAGGCCCACCCCCACCUCCAUCACCUCCAGUUAUGGGACCACCUCCACCUCCACCACCACCAGGUAUGGGCCCUCCUCCACCUCCACCACCACCAGGUAUGGGCCCUCCUCCACCUCCACCACCACCAGGUAUGGGCCCUCCUCCACCUCCACCACCACCAGGUAUGGGCCCACCCCCACCUCCACCACCACCAGGUAUGGGCCCUCCUCCACCUCCGCCACCACCAGGUAUGGGGCCUCCUCCACCACCUCCACUUAUAUCAGAUGGACCUAUUCCAGCCGCCCCAGGAAAUGUUCCAGCACCUUUACCAGCCCCUCCAAUAGGUGGAUGGAAUGCACAACAUUCUUUAUUUCGUAAACAGCCUCUUGUACCUCCAGUUCCUAUGAAACCCUUAUAUUGGACCCGUGUUGUUUUCCCUGUACAACUUGAUACUCCAAGUGAAAAAAGUGAAGCUGUUUGGGCUGAAUUGAAAGAGCCUGAUAUACAUGACUUAGAUGAGUUCACGAAAUUGUUUUCAAGACAAGUUGUUGAUAGAAAGAACACCAAGAAAAAAGUCCUAAAACCAGCAAAAGCCGAGGUAAUAAAAGUUUUAGACAGCAAAAGAUCUCAAAAUGUUGGUAUUUUAUCUUCUAGUCUUCAUUUGGAUUUUUCAGAAAUUGAAAAUGCUAUUUAUAACUUUGAUACAACUGUAGUUAAUUUAGAAUCUCUGCAACAAAUAUAUGAUGUGAGAGCUUCAGAUCAAGAAUUGGAAUCGAUAAAACAGGCAAUGAGCCUACAACCUGACCUAGCUUUAGAUAAACCAGAACAGUUCCUUCUAGAAUUAGCAGAGAUUCCUCAUUUUGCAGAGAGAAUUGCAUGUUUUAUGUUCCAAGCAGAAUUCACAGAUAAUAUCACUGGAAUUGAAAAUAAGCUGAACAAUCUAAAGUCCAUCUGCCAGACUUUAAUAAGUUCUGACUCAUUAAAAAAAGUCCUCGGCAUAAUUCUUGCACUAGGCAAUUUCAUGAAUGGAGGAAACCGGCAGAGAGGCCAGGCGGAUGGAUUUGGGUUGGAAAUUCUGUCCAAACUCAAGGACGUCAAAAGUACAGAUAACUCUAUAACCCUUCUCCACUACAUUGUCAGAGCAUUCAUUCGACAGAGUGGAGACGUUAACAUUACUGAAAUCCCUCUCCCAGUACCAGAGCCAAGCGAUAUCGAAAGAGCAAGUGUUGUCCACUUUGAGGACAUUGAAGCACAAAUUAUGAAGUUAAAAAAAGACCUCGAAGGAUGUCAAAGAAAAAUGGAGAAAGUUACUAGUUCUUCAGAUGAAAAUGUACAACCGUUCAAGAGUAAAAUGGAGUCAUUCAUGGUGUCUGCAAACAAGCACAUUUAUGAAGAAGAAGAAAAUUUGGAAGACUGCAAGCAAAGGUUUCUUGCCUUGCUUAAAUUUUACCAUUUUCAACCUAAGGGUGGAAUGAAGUAUGAGGAAGUCACACCCCAGGACUUUUUUCCAUUUUGGGGCCCAUUCUGUUCUGAUUUCAAAGACUUGUGGAAAAAGGAACAACAGAAACUAAUAAAAGAAAAACUUCAAGAAUCAAAGAGGAAGCAGGAAGAAAGGAAGCAGCAGAUUAAAAAAGGGAAGAAGGGCGAAGGUGGUCUGAAAUCUCAGCUUAUGAAACUUGGAGAGAAAAUGUCAAAAUCUCCACGGUAGUGUUCAAUGCGAUCUUACAGAACCAUCACGGUUCUCCACCUAGACACACAUAUAAUCAGGUCUUUGACAGCCAUUAUGGAUGAAGAUUGUAGCCAGAAUGGAAUGAAGAGAUCCAAUUUUAUUUGGUUGUUGAAGUUAAGUUAUCUCAGUUGUAACGAUUCAAAAGAAUAUGAAAAUAUGUUAUUUUAAUAUUGUUAUUAAUUGUUUGAUAGUAAAGUGUUACAUUGUAUGUUUCAACAAAUUAAUGAAAAACAAAACACAAAUUUCAAUUUUUAAAUUUCUGUGAUAUUGUUUUGUUACAUCUUUUAUACAUAAAGGAGAGUUGAGAUUUGUAAUAAUAAAAUCUAAAAAUAAAUUAACUGUUAUUAGGUUAA